AGGGACCGCGGGGCUAUGGGGCCGCGGGGCCUGCAGUCACUCCUGCUCGUGCUCCUGGUCUGUUGGGCCCUGGUGAGCGCCCAGACUGGGGCCACCCCGGCGGUGACGACGGAGGGCCUCAACUCCACCGAGGCAGCCCUGGAGACUCUCGGAGCCUCCCCGUCGUCUGGGCCCCCUGCCACCCCCAAGGCUCCAGGCCCCUCCUCCGGCCCCAGGCCCACCCCGGUCACGGACGUUGCUGCCCUGUGUGUCUGUGACUUGUCCCCAACACAGUGUGAUGUCAACUGCUGUUGUGAUCCUGAUUGCAGCUCCACGGAUUUCAGUGUCUUUUCUGCUUGCUCAGUUCCAGUUGUCACGGGCGAUAGCCAGUUUUGCAGUCAAAAAGCAGCCACCUAUUCAAUGAAUUUUACAGCAGAUCCACCUCAAAGGGUAUUUAAACUUGUUGAUAAGAUCAAUCCAUCUAUUUUCUGCGUUCAUAUUACAAACUAUAAACCUGCAUUAUCUUUUAUUAAUCCUGAAGUGCCUGAUGAAAACAAUUUUGAUAAAUUCAUGAAAACGUCUGGGGGUUUUGCACCGAAUGCAGACUCAGACUUUUCUUCCACAACCAGAUUGGAUUCUCCAAAUACUUCUGCUAAAUAUGAGUAUGGUGUUCCUCUGCAGACUCUAGAUUCCUUUCUGAGAUUCCCUUCUCCUCUUACGUCAUCUCUGUGCACUGAUGAUAACCCUGCAGCAUUUCUGGUGAACCAAGCUGUUAAGUGCACCAGAAGGAUAAAUUUGGAACAGUGUAAUGAAACUGAAGCCCUUAAAAUGGCUUCUUACAGCCGCCCAGAAAUUUUGAAGGUGCCUAAUUCAAGAACAAAGGUCCCUGUCACUGUUCAGUCCAUCGUUGUUCAGUCUCUAAACCAAACGUUAACCCGACUGGAAGACACCCAGGUUAAUUUGCAGCCUGCUUUUGUCAGUGCUGGGAAUCUUAAUGUCUGCACUAAUGUCGUUCUUGAGGUCAAGUACAGCCUCACAUAUACAGAUGCUGGUGAAAUAACAAGAGCUGGGCUCUCUCUCCUUCUGGGGACAGUUAGCAGUGGAGUUGUUCCAAUCCAGCAAAAGUUUGAAAUUCACUUUAUUCAGCGAAAUACAAAGCCGGUUCCUCUCAGUGGAAACCCUGGUUAUGUUGUGGGGCUCCCGUUAGUGGCUGGAUUUCAGCCUCAGAAGGGGUCCGGGAUUAUUCAGAUGACAUACAGAUACGGACAAUUUACUAUUCUUCACAGCACAACUGAGCAAGACUGUUUAGCAAUAGAGGGGAUCCGGACCCCAGUAUUAUUUGGUUAUAAUAUGCAUUCUGGCUGUAAACUAAGACUGACCAGAGCUAUCCCGUGUCGGCUCGCCAUGCAGAAGGUGAAGAGCCUGCUCAAAGGCCAGGGCUUCCCAGAUUAUGUGGCUCCUUUCGGAAAUUCCCGGGCCCAGGAUGUGCUGGACUGGGUGCCUGUCCACUUCCUCACCCAGUCAUCCAACAUGAAGGAUUCAUGCCAGGUCCCCGCGGCUUUGGUAAUAGUAGUGAAGUGGACUAAAUACGGAUCCUUGGUGAACCCACAGGCUAAAAUCGUGAACGUGACUGCAAACCUCAUUUCAUCCUCGUUUCCUGAGGCAGACUCAGGAAAUGAAAGGACGAUUCUUAUUUCCACUGCAGUUACUUUUGUGGAUGUGUCUGCACCUGCAGAGGCGGGUUUCAGAGCGCGGCCAACCAUCAACGCCAGGCUGCCCUUUAAUUUCUUCUUCCCGUUUGUUUGACGUCCCCUUGAAAUGAGUGCAAAAAUAGCAAAAUUCUGUCUGAAACGGUAACAUUCCUGUGGAAGGAUGUGCUGGCCCUCAGCGUACAUGUGAACUUUAAAAACGACAUUUGAUGAGAUUAAAUUUUAUAUACAACUAGUAAUUACCUGCUCUGUUGUUCAUCUUCAAGCAAGAG